CCAACGUCGCCCCAUAAAUUGAUUCACUUAUCCUUCUGCCUCCUAAACCAUCCACCGAUAAGGCACCAGUCUGUCAUUUCUGCCAUUGAAUUGCAUCGUGUGUCCUUACGAUUGCUCCCUUCUUGUACUAAGACACCAUUGUAGUCAGAAGCUAGAUAUCCAUACAUCGCUACUUCAUUUUACCUUAUUCGGGAAACUUGUACGGUUUUGCCAUAUCUUCUUACAGUUGUAUACCCACGCAUGGUGACGGCCCAUCAGGCUAUCUUCCUAUCCUUUGCCAACCCUCAUCGACUCGAUACUUUGAUACCCUGCCUACGAGACUGAUAGUAUCGACAACUUAAGAGAACGGGAGCUAAUACUCCAAAAUGCCUCCACCACCUCCUCCACCGCCGCCGCUCCCAGGCAUGGGAGGACCGCCACCGCCUCCUCCACCGCCCGGAGGAUUACCAGCACGACCACCAGCAUCCGGUGCUGGUCGAGGUGCCCUGCUCACCGACAUAACGAAGGGAAGAGCUUUAAAGAAGACCGUUACGAACGAUCGAUCCGCUCCUAUAGUCGCAGGUUCGUCAGGGGGAGGCGGAGGAGGGCCGCCUAUUGGCGGAGCACCCCCUGUUCCGGGCCUGGGUAGGCCUCCUGCGGUUCCGAGUGGUGCACCACCGGUUCCAGGGAUGCCAGGACACAACCGAGCAAGAAGCAAUAGCGAUUUUGUAGGCCGUGAUAAUGGAGCGUCGGCAGAGCCGGCGCCCCAGUUGGCAGGCUUGUUCGCGGGCGGCAUGCCGAAGUUGAAGAAACGUGGUGGAGGUGUAGAUACUGGGGCAAACCAAAACGCGUCUUACCUAUCCGACUCCGAAUCGUCACCAAAGCCACCGUCGGCACCCAGACCGCCCAUCGGGUCAGCUCCGGCCGUGCCCACGCUGCCAGGACGUGCAGUGCCGGCGCCCCCGACAGCAGGCACCCACGCUUCUGUAGCAAACCUCAGAAAGAUACAUAGCGACGUUCCACGCCCGAUCUCAUCCGUAUCACUGUCCUCUUCGAAAGGCCCCCCACCGCCGGUUGGGAAGAAACCGCCCCCACCUCCCGGAUCGAGGAAACCUGCGUCCUUGUCGUCUCACUCUCACCCUCCUCAUCCGCCCCCUUUACCCGGGUCGCAUGCACCGCCAGCUCCACCGCUUCCCCCAACAGCAGCACCGGCUCCCCCAGCGCCUCCACCACCACCACCGUCCGCGGCCCCUGCGCCGCCACCCCCGCCACCCGUAUCCGCGCCCUCUGUACCUUCGGCGCCUCCUCCACCUCCAGCCGCGGCUCCGAGACCACCUGCUCCGCCUGUCGCGCCGGCGCGCUCACAACCUCCACCGCCGCCGCCAUCAGCAGCGCCUUCAAACGCCCCAUCACCACCAAACAUCGCCCUCCAAGCCGCCAUGCGCGCAACCGCAACGGGAGGUCGCUCCUCGCCAACCUCCAUGCCUCCACCGCCUCCUCCCGCAUCCGCACCUCCGCAAACCUCGCUCACGAGAGAAGCGUCGACGCGCAACCGCGCCGGCUCGACCCUGCGCUCGAUGCUGGACCCGAGCUCGUACACGCUCGCGCCGAACGGCAGCAGCAAGAGCCCGAGCCCGACGCCGACGGGCAGCGGGGUGGCCAGCCCGCGCGAGCCGCGGGAGCGGUACAUCGUGCAGGACAGCCGAUGGCGCUUUAAGGACGAGGCCGAGUUCCCCAAGCCCCGCCACUUCCACGGCGGGCCCCGCAAGUACCGGGCCGGCCGCGGCAGCAGCGUUCCCCUCGACCUGAGCGCGCUUUAGGACGGCGGGCGUCAGCGACGGAGUCGGAGUACUGUUGCUAGGAUACGUGGGGUGCUUGGGGGGACGGGAGCGGUGGCGGGAGUAGGAGUGGU